AAAAAAAAAAAAAAAAAAAAAUACCAACACGGGCUUGGUAACGUCUGCAUAGGCGUCUUUGAGAACAUGUAGAGAUAAGCAGCGUGUGGGGCUUUGCUCAUCCUUCCCCAGCAGCGCGCACUGAGAGUGGGACUUAGGUACAGGUGUAGGGGACUGGGGCCCUGGGGCGUCUGCACCUGCAUCAGGUAACGCCGGUCUAGCUGUGCCUGGGGAGUAUAGCUUGGCAGUCAGCCGGGGAGAUGGGGUUCCGCAUCAGAGCCUGGCCCCUUAAGGGCCUCUGAUGAGCUAUAUUAGGCCCAUCUGCGGGCGGCUUGAGCAACUUUUAGUAGCCCCAGCAGGAGAGAGAGGAUGCAGGAGGUCAUUGCAGGGCUGGAGCAGAUCACCUUCACCUUCGAGAAGGAUGUAGAGAUGCAGAAGGGCACUGGACUCCUGCCUUUCCAGGGCAUGGACAAGUCCGGCUCAGCUGUGUGCAACUUCUUCGCUAAAGGGCUCUGUGAGAAAGGGAAGCUGUGCCCCUUCCGGCACGACCGAGGGGAGAAGAUGGUGGUGUGUAAGCACUGGCUCCGGGGGCUGUGCAAGAAGGGCGACCAGUGCAAGUUCCUGCACCAGUACGACGUCACCAGGAUGCCCGUGUGCUACUUCUACUCCAAGUUCGGUGACUGCAGCAACAAGGAAUGUCCCUUUCUCCAUGUGAAGCCGGCCUUAAAGACCCGGGACUGUCCGUGGUAUGACCAAGGUUUCUGCAAGGACGGUCCCCUGUGUAAAUAUCGCCACGUCCGCAGAAUAAUGUGUAUUAGCUACUCGGCUGGCUUCUGCCCUGAGGGACCCAAAUGCCAAUUUGCACACUUGUCAUCCGGCCAGUGGGUUCGGCACCUCCUGCUUCUGCCUGGGAACCUCACAAGCCCCCUUCCCCGAAAGAGUGUCUGCUUCUCCACCCUCAGAUGAAGCCCCAGGAGCCCCCGGUCACUUACUGCCUGGGGCUCAGGGCCCUGGAAGGGGGCCCGUGUUACAGGUGUUGAAAAAUGAGCCAUUAUGCCAGUAAGAGUCAACUGGUAGAAGUUACCAAAAAAUACCCCUGGUCGGUCUGGGGAACUGAAGGACCUUCUAGUGAAGACGCCCAAAGGCCAUCCUAGGGGAUUCUGUUCUCAGCUAGCCCACUGCCUGCCUAACCAGGAAAGGAGGUGCAGAAGCAGCCUGCUGUGUUUCAAUUUCCUCUUCCGUACGUGAACGAGCUACUGAAAAUAUAGCAGGAGUGGAGGCUGACUGAGUGUGGCAGGAACGAGGUAUUCAUAGAACGGGGGAGCACAAUGUAAUUAAAACCAAGAGCUCGAGUAUAUGGGAAACAGUCACUGUCCUGCGCUCAGCUCCCGUCCUGCCGCCGACAGUUCUGGGCGGCACGUGGCCUUCCUGUGCACACGGCCUCAGCUGCUGCUGUAAACGAACAAUUAAAUCAAGUGGUUUCUUUAGCAUGACAGCUGCUUCCCUAUAUGGCGUCCCUAAGUGUAAGACGAGAUUCUGUGCAUGCCUUCUGUAAGGAAUUACAGGGAGGUGGAUGGUACGAGUGAGGCUUAUCACGGGGACGUAAGGAAGUGACAUGGAUCAGUGAAUGCAGUGUGGUCUCGGUCACUGUCUGAGUCAAACCGCAAUGCAACUUAAUCCACGGGGAAAGGAGCAGGGAGGCAAGGCUGCGCCUUUUGGAGGAAUGGAGAAAAGAGGGACAACAUACAGUGCACGGCAGGACCAGGCUCCCCACCUCUGGCAGAUGGAGGCAGCUGCCUUAUCUGGCCUGGAGCGGGAGGGUGAGGCCGAGGCUAAGAGGAUAGCUGGCCCUGGAGACAGAUUCGGGGGUCUGAACGCCAGCUCCACCCUGGGCUGCUAUGCGACAAGCCCUACACAGCCAUGCAGGUAAAUUAACCUCCUCGAGUCUGCUCCCUCAUUCUAGAAAACGAGUAUGGUGGCAGCUCUGGCCUCACGAGAGGCUGCAGGUAAAGAAGGCUGCACGGCGCUGGGCUGACAAAAGUGAGCACCCAGGUGGUAGCUGGAUUUUGGCGGGGCCUCUCUUGCUUAGUUCAAGUUCAGGAUGUGAACGAAAUAAGAGGCCACGAGAGGUGUUAGAAAAGCUGUUAUUUCAUUCCUAUUAUGUGUGACACUUCGCUGGAAUUAACAGAUGCAAGACUUCUAAUUCAACCAAAUCUCUGCAAAGUAGGUAUAAUCAUCCCCAUUUUACAGUCCGGACCAACGAGGCUCCAAUUAAGUCAGAUAGCUUGCCCCAGGACACACCUACUACCCAUUUCACAGGUAAGUGUCUGGGAGAGGCAAAUAACCAGAAUAGAGGAAUAUUUUUGGAACAUAUUUUUGUUAUGAAGAGUGGUAACAACAAUAUGUAGGACGAA